AUGACGCCACUCAAUCAUUGGGGCAUCACUCUCGUCGUUGUUCCCAUUGUGGCAUCUGUCGUGACAACCCUCUUCUUCAUUCUCCGGUUGUAUUCUCGGCGACUUGUCCGUCAGAAACUUGAUCUUGGUGAUUUGUUGAUGGGCAUAGGGCUUGUCUUCUCAUACGGGCUAACCCUCUGUACUGUGAUAUCGGCAUUAAACGGCGUUGGUCACGAUUUCUGGUCCCUCUCCAGGCCUACCAGAGGAACAGUCGCUUUGCUCUUCUGGUGCUCAACGAAAAUUUGGGUAUUAGGCCACGUCUUCGUGAAGAUUUCCUACCUCGUUCUGCUCCGCAAGCUUUUCGGAGCCAUCACAUAUUGGCGGAAGCUUACCACCGCAUUGAUCGUGUUCACGCUUGCCUGGGGCAUUGCUUCCCUGCUUGUCAGCAUCUUCCAAUGCUGGCCUGUGCGUUAUUUUUGGAUCAAACAUAUUGAUGGCAGCUGCAUGCAUGGGCGAAAUGCCUUUUACAUCGUAGCUGGGUCUAUUGCGCUGGCCGAGAAUUUCGUAUUGGUCUUGGUGCCCUUGAUCGUGGUUUGGGGAAUGAAACUGACACCCCGACAGAAGGUGGAAUUAAGUCUUCUUUUUGGAUUUGGUGGAUUGGUUUGUGCCGUCGGAUUUCUGCGUAUGAUCACGUUCAAGAGAUACGUGACGGCAGAUGCUACCAAAAACGGAUACCUCCAGUCCAUAUGGUCCAUUGUCGAACUUGAUUUGGGAAUCAUAUGUACUUCGGUGAUCUUGAUGCGCCCGAUCUUCCACCGCGUCACAAAGACAUUCAAAAUUAAAUGUUGCGCCAUGCGUGGUCAAACAUCUAAUUCCAGCGACUCUUCAAAACGCGCACAGAUGAUGAGGUCGCUGUCAUGGCCGAGGCCGUUGUCCUUUGCAGGAACGGGAUCAGUGGAUGAGUGGUCGCAAGUGCGAGCUUCCGCAUACAGUACGCGUGUGCAUGGUAGUGUGGAUGGAACUCCGGGCUUAGCGGGGAACCGGGACGUAAUGGUUGAAGUGUCGAUUGAUCGGGAGAAGAGAGCGAAGGAGGAGAUGGAGGAGAUGGAGGAGAUGGAGGAGAUGGAGGAGAUGGAGGAGAUGGAGGAGAUGGAGGAGAUGGUGUAG